UCUACAUCACUCUACAGGCAGCCAUGGUGGAUCACCUGCUGUCCAAUAAGAGCCACUUCUUGCCGCUGGGUUACCAUGGCGGUAAGAUGAUGGAGAGCUGCAGUUACCGGAUGUUACCGUCUCCUGUGUCUGAGGAUGAUAGUGACUGCUCCAGUUCCUGCUCCUGCUCCAGCCCUGACUCCUUGAUGCUGAACUCCGGCUCUCGGAGCGCCUCCAGCAGCCACAGUGGGGACAGCAUCAUCGAUUACCUGCUUUCCCAGGCUUCCAUGAGGAAUUUCCCAACUCCGGCUUGGGACCAGAAGGCUGGCCAUCCCGCCAUCAAGGAGGAAGCUGUGGAAUUUCCCAGCUUUGGGGCAGAGAGGGAUGCGUUGCGGCCAUUCCAGCCAACCCUGGAGGAAAUUGAAGAAUUCCUUGAGGAGAACAUGGAGGUGGAUUCAAAGGAUGAACCCAAAAGUGAGGUGACCGAGGGGACAAGUGAUGAUCCGGGCUCCUCCAUCAUGCUGCAGGGCAAAGUGAUCUCCAUGCAAGCCAAGUCGGAAAUGAAAGAUGUGAGGAAUACCGAACAGGCGUUGACACCUGGCGGAGCCAUCCCAGUCCUUCUUCAGCUCCAGCCCGUGAAGCAGGAGCAGGGCAGCGAGGGUCACCCACACCCUCAAACUGACCUGAAGGUGGCCCAGCUCCUUGUCAACAUUCAGGGGCAAACCUAUACCCUGGUGCCUCAGUUUGUGCAGUCGUCCAGUCUGAACUGCUCCCGUCAGUACGUGAGGAUUGCGCCGGUUCCUGUAGCCGCCAAGCCCACGGCUGGAGCUGUGGAAGGCUCCCAGGGCCAAGGAGCCCUCCUCCUGGGCCACAAGUUUCCAAAAGGGACCCCAGCAGAACUUCUGAAAAUGCACAAGUGCACCUUCCCCGGCUGCGCCAAGAUGUACACCAAGAGCAGCCAUCUGAAAGCUCAUUUAAGGAGACAUACAGGAGAGAAGCCAUUUGCCUGCACUUGGCCUGGGUGUGGGUGGAGGUUCUCAAGGUCAGAUGAACUCUCCAGACACAGGAGAUCACACUCUGGAGUCAAACCGUACCAGUGUGCCAUCUGUGAGAAGAGGUUUGCUCGCAGUGACCACCUCUCCAAACACAUCAAGGUCCACCGCUUUCCCAGAACUGGUCGGACAGCCCGGCCUGUGAACUGAACGUCCAGAACACUGACCCAGCUGGAAGGGCUGCCUGUGGAAACUACAGGUGACUGGGAGCAGGGGGUGGACAUGGAGCCAGGACAGAGACGCACCGUUCCAUUCAAGCCCAUUGCAGGACGUCUGCACCUUGACCUCAUUAGGAGUGGCUGGUCUGAAAGUAAUUAACCCUUUGGUGACAAAGCUGCUGAGAGAUGACAGAUUCAAGAUGGCCAGACCCAACUACUCAAACGUUGACCUCUGGCCACUGUCCCAGCCACACCGUGUGAAUCUCACGUCGAAAGGUGUCCAGCUACUGUGUUCCUCACUGUCACU